ACUCGUAGAUUAUCAUCUUCCUUCAUCAACAAUUUUCACAAAGCAAUUCUCCAUUUCACAAACAGAACACAAAGCUAAGAGUUUCUGAAAUUAAGCAGAACAAAAAACAGAGAGAAGGAUGAGUUCAAGGAGCAAAGCGUGGUUAGUGGCAGCAACCAUUGGAGCUGUGGAGGCCUCAAAAGACCAAUUAGGACUAUGCAGGUGGAAUUACAUGAUCCGAUCUGUGAAUCAACGUAUCCGAAACAACGUGAGAUCCGCUGCUCAGGCGAACAGAUUCUCUUCUUCGUCCGUCACAGCCGUUGCCUCCUGCAAGGAUGGUGACAAGGCAAAGCAAGCUGAGGAGUCUCUCAGAACGGUCAUGUACUUGAGCUGCUGGGGUCCUAAUUGAUGAAGACGGAUGGAUAGAUAUUUUUAUUAUCUUUGCCAUAUAUCGAUUGGUUGGGAUAGGUUGUAUCUGUCGGUGAAAUCGAAAGCCUAAGAACCUUAUCUAGACGCUAUGAGUCUUGGGGGUUCUGAUGGAUUGUUUUGGGGAUGCAAUUAAUGACGGAUUCGAAUUGUACAGAAUGUAGAGAUGAAUAUAAAGGUUUAUGUUCAUGUUA